AUGGCCGAGGAGAGCCUGGAGACAGAUGACCCCAGAUGCUCUGUGCCGGCUGAGCUCCACCAUCCCCACUCCGCGUAUUCUCAGUGGAAGUUCAAACUGUUUCGAGUGAGGUCCAUGGAGAAGGCCCCUCUCCCCGCUGUGACCCAACCUGAGAAGGGAGUCUUGUUAGGGAUCUCACCUCCUGCAGCUCCAAAUAUAGAGCCAGAUAAAGAUGCGGGUCCAGAGAGCAUCAUGAAAAUGUGCCUAGGUGGAAAAAGCAAGGAAAAUGUGGAAGGGCCGGGCCAGAGGGUUGAUAUGAAGCUCCAGGAAAUGGACGCCCAUAUGAGCCAUCUCAGGUGCCUGUGCCGUCUCUGUGGAAUGACCUUAAGUAAAGUCAAAGGACCGGUUCAUGAUGUUCACGGUAUUCUGGAUAUGGUGAGCAGAGGCACUCUGCGUAAAAUGGGCUCAAAGUUGACCAGCUGGCCGGAGGUCAUACUCAAAGUCUUCAAAGUGGAUGUGUCAGAGGACACAGAAUCUGCCCACCCUCAGUCUUUCUGCCAUCGCUGCUGGAUGGUGGCCAUACGGGGAGGGGGUGUCUGCAGCUUCUCCAGAACGAGGGUCCCAGAUUGGAAACCUCACUCUUCCCACUGCCACCUUUGCUUCCCCAGGAAACCUUCACUCCAGCGCACCGGGAGGAAGAGAUGCAGAGCCAUUCGCAGAACCCUGAACCUUGCAAAAAGAACAAGGUGGGAUCAUGGCGACAUUAUUGCUAUCAGCGAGAGGAGGGUUUUAAGACCGUUCGGUCAUCAGGGGCCUGCUCCGAGGGGUUGGAGGAAACCGAGCAUACAGAGAGAGCAAUGGGUGAGGCACAUCACCCACUGUCAGAAAGAGCACCUCAGCACCAAGCAGAUCUCUGAGAAUCUCCCUGCAGACUUCCUCUCUUCUUUCACCUGCGCAGUGUGCGACCACCUGCUCGCCGAUCCUGUCCAGUCCCCCUGUAGGCACCUCUUCUGCCGGAGCUGUAUCUUUAAGUAUCACUACAUUCUGGGACCUCAUUGCCCAGCCUGCAACUUGCCCUGUGCCCCCGAUGACCUCAAAACUCCUGCCAAAUCCUUCGUAUCAGCCCUUCUUUCACUGCCUCUGCUCUGCCCUAACAGUGACUGUGGCAAACAAGUAAGCCUGGACUCAUUUAAAGCUCAUUGUCUCAGCCAUGAACUGGAUGAGCAGGAUGCAAGUCAGCAGUCUUCAGAGCUUGACAACUACCUGCUGACCAACAAAGGGGGGCGCCCCCGUCAGCACUUGCUCUUGCUAACCCGUCGUGCCCAGAAGCAUAGGCUGAAAGAGCUGAAGAACCAGGUGAAGGAGUUUGCGGACAAAGAGGAAGGCGGUGACCUGAAGUCGGUGUGUCAGACACUCUUCUUGCUUGCACUGAGAUCACUGAACGAACACCGGCAAGCAGAUGAGCUAGAGGCCAUGAUGCAAGGCAGAGGCUUUGGGUUGCAUCCUGCAGUGUGCUUGGCCAUCCGGGUCAACACUUUCCUGAGCUGCAGCCAGUAUCACAAGAUGUACAGGACUGUCAAAGCCACAAGUGGCCGCCAGAUCUUUAAGCCCCUGCACACCCUGCGAGCAACAGAAAAAGAGCUUCUCCCUGGAUUCCACCAGUUUGAAUGGCAGCCGGCUCUCAAGAAUGUGUCUGCAUCUUGCAAUGUCGGCAUUAUUAAUGGACUUUCUGGAUGGGCCUCCUCUGUGGAUGACUCCCUAGCUGACACCAUCACUCGGCGGUUUCGCUAUGAUGUGGCGCUGGUGUCAGCCUUAAAGGAUCUGGAGGAGGACAUCGUGGAGGGGCUGAGAGAGAGCGGGCUGGAAGACAGCGCUUGCACUUCAGGCUUCAGUGUCAUGAUCAAAGAAUCCUGUGACGGCAUGGGCGAUGUCAGCGAAAAGCACGGCGCAGGACCAGUUGUUCCAGAGAAGGCUGUGCGUUUCUCUUUCACCAUUAUGUCAGUCUCCGUCCUGGCAGAUGACCGGGACAAAGAGGUCACCAUUUUCACAGAGCCAAAGCCAAAUUCAGAGCUGUCCUGUAAACCCCUUUGCCUGACGUUUGUGGAUGAAUCAGACCAUGAGAUGCUCACAGCAGUCCUGAGCCCGGUCAUUGCAGAGCGUAAGGCAAUGAAAGCAAGCAGGCUCAUCCUCUCCAUCGGUGGGCUGCCUCGCUCAUUCCGCUUUCACUUCAGAGGGACGGGGUAUGACGAAAAGAUGGUGCGUGAGAUGGAGGGCCUCGAGGCUUCAGGGUCAACCUACGUCUGCACUCUUUGUGACUCCAGUCGAGCUGAGGCCUCUCAAAACAUGGUGCUGCACUCCAUCACACGUAGUCAUGAAGAGAACCUUGAACGUUACGAAAUAUGGAGGACUAACCCCUUUUCUGAGUCCGCAGAUGAGCUUCGAGAAAGGGUCAAAGGGGUCUCAGCGAAGCCAUUCAUGGAGACUCAGCCGACGCUUGACGCUUUACACUGUGACAUUGGCAAUGCCACUGAGUUCUACAAAAUCUUCCAGGAUGAGAUCGGGGAGGUGCACCAAAAGGUCAACCCUACCCGGGAGGAACGGCGCAGCUGGAGGGCAGCCCUUGACAAACAGCUGAGGAAGAAGAUGAAGCUCAAACCGGUAAUGAGGAUGAAUGGGAACUAUGCCCGCAGGCUAAUGACCAUGGAGGCUGUGGAGGUGGUGUGUGAGUUGGUGCCCUUAGAGGAAAGGCGGGAGGCCCUGAGGGACCUCAUGAGGCUCUAUCUCCAGAUGAAGCCUGUCUGGCGUGCCACCUGCCCAGCCAAAGAGUGCCCAGAUCAGCUCUGCCGCUACAGCUUCAACUCCCAGCGCUUUGCUGAUCUCCUCUCCACCACCUUCAAAUACAGGUACAAUGGAAAGAUUACCAACUACCUGCACAAGACUCUGGCUCAUGUGCCUGAAAUCAUAGAGAGAGAUGGAUCCAUCGGGGCUUGGGCUAGUGAGGGGAAUGAAUCAGCUAAUAAACUAUUCAGACGUUUCCGUAGGAUGAAUGCACGCCAGGCAAAGGUGUUUGAGCUGGAGGACGUGCUGAAACAUCACUGGCUCUACACUUCCAAGUACCUGCAAAAGUUCAUGGAAGCUCACAAAAACUCUGCCCAAGCUCUGCAGGAGACCCUCAAUUCAGUAGACGGCUAUGAUGAUGAGUACUUAUCAAUGGAAAUGAAUGAUUUUUGA